AUUCUUGUUGCAACGUUCAAGCCGUGUAGACGUAUUCGGUUUCGUACAUCGCGUGUGCUCAACGUAUUUUCAUUUGAUAAACUUGGCUUACACUUACAUAGACAGCGACAGUGAGAGAGCGCGCGCGCACACACUGUAGGUGAGAAAACCAGCUUAGAGCGAGCCGACAAGUGUGUCUUCCAAACAGCAUCCGCAGCUGUUGUGUGUAACAAAAAGAGUCAAAGCUACCUGUUUAUGGUGUGUUGUUUGGCGGAUGAGUAUAACGUAGAGCGCAACGUCAAAUAGCUCAGCUGCAGCUACAUCGUACAUAGUUAAAAGUUUAAUACGCUCAAGCUGAGACGCUGCCGUAUCCACAGUCGUUGUGUCUCUCUCUUUGCAAUAGCAGCCAAGUAGUAGAUUGUAGGGUGUGGUGCAAAAAUAAUUUCAAAUAAUAAGCGAACAAAUAAAUAUACAAAUACAAAUAUGAGUCGAUUCCACCUCAAAAUGUUUGAUAACCUCUUACCCGCGCUUUUGCUAUUUAUAACACUCGUCGCGCAACAAGCACAGGCGCAGAGGACACCGACAAUUUCGUACAUCACACAGGAGCAGAUCAAGGACAUUGGUGGUACCGUCGAAUUCGAUUGCUCCGUCCAGUAUGCCAAAGAAUACAAUGUAAUGUUUGUUAAGACUGAUACGGACCCCGUCUUUUUGACCAUUGGCUCUACGCUUGUGAUUAAAGACUCGCGUUUUUCGCUGCGCUACGAUCCGAACUCGUCGACCUACAAACUGCAGAUUAAGGACAUUCAGGAGACGGACGCUGGCACCUACAGUUGUCAGGUGGUCAUCUCGACGGUGCACAAGGUGUCUGCCAAUGUGAAAUUAUCAGUGCGUCGUCCCCCCGUCAUCGCCGAUAACUCGACACAAUCGAUAGUCGCCAGCGAAGGCACCGAGGUGCAAAUGGAAUGCUAUGCCAGCGGUUACCCAACUCCAACUGUCACAUGGCGUCGUGAAAACAAUGCUAUUCUGCCAACUGAUAGCGCCACCUAUGUGGGCAACAUACUGCGCAUCAAGUCACUGAAGAAGGAGGAUCGCGGCACCUACUAUUGUGUGGCCGACAAUGGUGUCAGCAAGGGCGAUCGUCGUAACAUCAACGUUGAGGUGGAAUUUGCCCCCGUUAUCACCGUGCCACGUCCACGUCUGGGCCAAGCGUUGCAGUAUGACAUGGAUCUGGAGUGCCACAUUGAGGCGUAUCCCCCGCCAGCGAUUGUGUGGACCAAGGAUGACAUUCAGCUGGCCAACAAUCAGCAUUACACCAUCUCACAUUUCGCCACUGCCGAUGAAUACACCGAUUCGACGUUGCGUGUGAUCACCAUCGAGAAGCGUCAGUAUGGCGACUAUGUGUGCAAGGCCACAAAUCGCUUUGGCGAUGCCGAGGCGCGUGUCAAUCUCUUCGAGACGAUUGUGCCCGUUUGCCCGCCGGCCUGUGGUCAGGCGUACUAUGGCGGUGCUGAGCACAUUGCUGCCUCGGCCUCCUCGUUUGCUCUGCUUGGCAUUUUGCUUGCCCUGCUCUUUGCCAGAUAAGCCAAUUAAUGUAGCCAACCCACCAGCAACACAACCAGACUACGAUGCUCCACGCUCCUCCAUAUCUAAUCCAAAAGCAAACCCAUCAAUCAGCUCUCGAUUAUAUACAAAACAUAUACAUAUUUAUAGCGUAUAUAGAAUCACAUUACAAGUAAUAGACAUCACUCAAAACUGUAGACGAAACGUGUCGCAAUCGUAACAUAUAACUGGAAACUCUUUUUUUCUUUAUUUGACAGCUCUUAUAUUAAGUUCUUGUUCUACUUAUUGUUUUCCAUAUGUCAAUGCUACAAAACGUCCAACCUUAUAUGUUAAGUUAAGUAUGAUAAGUUCAACGAAUGGAAUCGUCUCCUCUUAUAAACUAAUCUGAUAGCACAUAAAUCGAACCAAAUCUUUAAAUCGAAUCUCCCCCAAACUCACAUUCCAAUUGGUGUCCCGUCCGUAAUAUAUGUUCUUUUUUUAUAAUCUGUAUAUUUUUAAAUAAUUUGAUAAGACAAUGACUAUAUUCUCGAGUACAUUAUGUAAUACAAAACAAAAUCAAGCCAAGUUCAACACAAGUAACGCUAUCUAAGAUCAUUCCGCUUUACAUGAUAAUUAACUGAGAAUAUUUUAUUUUUUUAUUAAAUAAAUAAUAAAGUAUUUUCUUGCUGCAAUGUAAUUAAGUUGAAAUAAAUCUGUCAAUUAAUUACUGCAUUUACAAUUCGAGACAAAGAUACACAUAUACGAACGAACGAUGAAUCCAACAACAAAAUCGUUAGCUCUUAAGCAAUAUUCGAAUUAUUUACUUUUGAAUAACAAUUAAAAACCCAUUUUUUUUGUGGGUGUACAUAAUAUAAUUAAAUGAUUCGACUUUGUAAUAAAAAAAGAAAAUACAUGUGAAAAUCCAAUAA